AAACGCCACGAACAGGCUAACUUCUUUUAAUGCAAUGCAAAAAGCCCACCAUUGCUAAAGCUUCAAAGGGAAUCUUUUAACCGUGGGGUUGAAGCCAAUUCUGAUACUACCAUGCAUGAAACAGAGUGGCGGGGUUCUAGUUUGAAAGCAUUCAACUUCAUGGAAGAAAAAAUUUCAAGACACAAGCGUUCCACGAGUGAUCCAAUUAAAAGAAAAUUCAAGGCAGAUAGAUUACAUAGUAUCCUUGAAUCCCCUUAUCAAGUUAACAUGGAGGACUUGGUAAAACCUACGGCCUGUAUUCAAGCCAAGAAGAGGCAAACUAUGAACACUGACAUUCAAAGUUCUUUGAAACAAGAGGUUAUACAGCUUCAAAGACAAUUACAGGACCAAUUUGAAGUACGUCGUGCGUUAGAGAAGGCAUUAAGUCAUCGGCCUCUCUCAUAUGAUGCUACUAAAGAAAACUCAAUCCCUGAGCCUGCUCAAGAACUGAUAAAGGAAAUUGCAGUCUUAGAAUUGGAAGUUGCGUAUUUGGAACAAUAUCUUCUUUGUAUGUAUCGGAAAACAUUUAAUCAACAACAAUCAAAUCCAUCCAACAUGGAGGGAAGAUCUAAAUCGACUUCAGUCUUGCACGACGAAAUUAUUGAAGUGGCUGAAUAUGAUAUUAUGUCGGAGAAAGACGAUUCAAUCAUCCGCCCCAGUCAUCUUAAGUUUCCUCGGAAUUCAAUUGCUAAACCACUAGAUGCAUGCAAUGACAUUUGGGGAACACGGAUGCUAAUGGAUUCUAGUAUUCAUUGCAGCCACUCAUUGCUUUCUCAGCGUUCAGUUUGUUUAGCUAGAACUUCGCCAACGAAAUUUCCAACUAAAGCUGCAGACUCGUACCAUUCUUUACCUUUGUCAAUGCUGGAGCAAGCCCAGACUGCCUCUUCAAACUUAAGUCUGGCGGAGCAUCUCGGGACAUGUUUCUCCAAUGAUAUUCCAGAGACUCCAAACUGGCUUUCUGAGGAGUUGAUUAAGUGCAUUUCAGCUAUAUAUUGCGAACUUGCAGACCCACCUUUCACAAACAAUGAUUACCCUUCUUCGCCUGUUGCAUUUUCAGAAUCACUGUACCAGCAUUCUGCACAAGGUCAGAGUGAUAAGUGGAGCUCGCAGUGCAAGAAUUUAUCUUCAUUCAAUUCGUACUUUGAUAAUCCUUUCCACUUUGAUGGAUCAAAAGAAUUCAGUGGACCUUACUGCACCAUGGUAAAGGUGCAACUGAUAUGUAGAGAGGGUCGGAAAUUAAAAGAAACUGAAUAUAUGCUACGAAAAUUUAGGUCACUUGUUUCUCGUUUGGAAGAAAUUGAUCCUAGAAAGAUGAAACAGGAGGAGAAGCUGGCCUUUUGGAUUAAUAUCCACAAUGCACUAGUAAUGCAUGCAUUUUUGGUUUAUGGGAUUCCACAGAACAAUCUUAAGAGAAUUUCUUUACUACUCAAGGCUGCAUAUAAUGUUGGGGGUCACACCAUUAGUGUAGACAUGAUACAAAGCUCUAUCCUGGGCUGUAGAUUGCCUCGUCCAGGACAAUGGUUGUGGCUAUUAUUUUCCUCGAGGACAAAAUUCAAGUUUGGAGAUGCACGGAAAGCAUAUGCCAUUGAGCAACCUGAACCUCUUCUACAUUUUGCACUUUGUGCUGGCAGCUAUUCUGAUCCUGCGGUCCGUAUAUACACAUCCAAGAGAGUAUUUGAGGAGCUGGAGGCUGCAAAAGAAGAGUACAUUCAAUCAACUUUCAGCAUACGUAAAGACCAGAAAAUCCUUCUACCAAAGAUUGUGGAGUCUUUUGCCAAGGAUUCAGGUUUGUGCUCGGCUGAUUUGGUGCAGAUGGUUGAGCAUUUCAUACCUGAUACUCGGAGGAAGAGCAUUCGGCAGUGUCGGCACAAAAGAACCUGGAAGGGAAUUGAGUGGACGCCUCACAACUUUACUUUCCGCUACAUGCUUUCAAAAGAAUUAGCUUAAUAAUCUCAUUGCUUAAUAAGUGCUCAGUAGCAUGGGGCAGGCCAUUUUAGUGGCUUCAGCCAUUGCUAUCCUUUUUCUGCUAUGUGUGAGAAAGUACAGUCAGCCUGGGUGUCGAGAAUGACAGAUGAAUCAUAACUGAACCUUCUCAAGAGAAACUAGACUAGUACCUAAGUUGAGCAACGUACUACCAAGUCAUUGUAGAUAUCUUUUUCUUUAAAAAUAGUGAUGAUCAAAGAAGCUCAAGAUUGUCGAGCUUGAGAAUAUAUUGAAAUGCAUCAAGUCAAGUGGCUGCUUUAAAUCAGAAGGGAGACAGAUGAGAAAGCUCCCCUUUUUAAGACCAUGACAACUUCUGCCCUUGGUAAGCUUGAGCUCGUUUGAUCACCAUCUUGUUUGAGUGGUGAGGUUGUGAUUCGGCUGUCAUUCCCAGUCAUCUUGCCGAUUUCUUUAAUAGGUUUUUAUGCAAAAACGAAUGACAGUAGUAAGAGAUAGGUUGAUAGAAAUCAUAGAAUGGCAGCAUGCGGUUGGUGUAAUACUAAUAUAUUAUUCCUAUUUGGCUGGAUUUUGUGUUGUAAAGCAUUUGUAUUAGUGUU